AUGGCUCCAUUUUAUCAACGUCCUGAGAAUGCUCUUAAAAGAGCGGAAGAGUUAAUUGCGGUUGGUCAAAAUGUUGCUGCGCUUCAAUCUCUUCAUGAGAUUGUUAUUUCAAAGCGGUCACGCAGCACGCCUCUCGCUGCAUUGGAGCCAAUAAUGCUUAGAUUUGUAGAAUUGUGCGUUAAUUUAAGAAAAGGAAAAACUGCUAAAGAAGGCUUGCAUCAAUAUAAAAAUAUUUCGCAAAACACUAGCGUUGCGACUAUCGAGCUUGUUAUCAAAAAAUUUAUUGAACUUUCCGAGGAAAAAGUUACUGCAGCUCAAGCAAAAGCGGAUCAAAUUACUUUGGAUGCUAUUGAUGAUCUCGAGGCGUCUGAAACUCCAGAGUCAAUCAUGCUGAGUACUGUAAGUGGUGAGCAGAGCAAGGAUAGAACGGAUAGAGCUGUUGUCACUCCUUGGCUGAAAUUCUUGUGGGAGGCGUACAGGACUGUUUUAGACAUUCUGAGAAAUAAUGCUCGUUUGGAGAUAUUGUACCAGCAAACGGCACAUCAAGCAUUCCAAUUUUGUCUGAAAUAUACUCGUAAAACUGAAUUUCGUCGACUUUGUGACCUUCUUCGUAAUCACCUUCAAAACAUUGCUAAAUAUGCACAUCAACAGCAUUCCAUAAAUUUAAACGAACCUGAAAGUCUUCAGCGUCAUUUGGAUACUAGGUUUAAUCAGUUAAAUGCAGCUGUUGAAUUAGAAUUAUGGCAAGAAGCAUUUCGAUCUGUUGAAGACAUUCAUAAUUUAUUAUCAAUGUCAAAAAGGCCAGCAAAACCUGUUAUGAUGGCCAAUUAUUAUGACAAAUUAACAAAGAUAUUUUUGGUUAGCGAAAAUUAUUUAUUCCACGCUGCUUCUUGGAAUAGAUACUAUACUUUAGUUAGAGCUCAAAGGCAAACUAUAAGUGAUGAAGAAAAUACUCGAAUGGCAUCUUUCGUCUUGUUAUCCGCUCUUGCUAUCCCUGUUAUCACUAGUUCUAAGACUCGUUUACUUGAAAUCGACGACAAUAAAAGUAAAACGCAUAGACUCGCCGCCCUAUUAGGAAUGAGUCGUUCACCAACUAGAUCUGGAUUGUUGAAAGAAGCUCUCAACAAAAAUAUUCUACGACGUGUGCGUCCUGAAUUAAAAGACCUCUACAACAUUCUGGAAGUCCAAUUUCAUCCCUUAUCAAUAUGUAAAAAGAUUGAACCAAUCAUGACUCACCUUGCUCAAGAUGUUGAAAUGGCGAAAUAUGUAAAACCUUUACAUCAAGUCAUUUUGACUCGUCUUUUCCAACAACUUUCUCAAGUUUAUGAUACAAUUGAACUUGAAUUUGUUAUCAAUCUUGCCUCUUUCGCACCACCUUAUAAUUAUGAUGCUGCCACAAUUGAAAAGUUUAUUAUGAAUGGUUGUAAGAAAGGAGAGCUUUCGAUUAGGAUUGAUCAUACAACAAAAAGUUUGACAUUUGAAACGGACCUUUUUGCGGCUUCUAAAAAUGCUGAUGCCGAUGGUGCUAAGUUACAAGCUUCACCAGCGGAUCGAAUGCGUGAUCAACUUUCAAAGCUUGCCAAAUGUUUUUAUACUACUGUUCAUAUGAUAGACCCCACCAUAAUCCAAGCCAAGGAAGAAGCAAGAGCUCAAGCUAUAUCACGCGCUUUUGCUGGUAUGGAGGAGGAACAUCAUAACGCUCUCGCGCGUAAAGCUAUUAUCGAACGUAGAAGGGAAUUAGUAGAAACAUUAUUGGUGCGUAAAGAAAAGGAGGAACAAAGAGAGCGGCUCAUUCGGCUAAAGCGAAGAGAUGAUGAAUUAAGGAUGCGUCGAUUGGAAGAUGUCAAAAGACGUGAGGUAGAGAGGAAAAAACGCGAAAUUGAAGCUAUACAAAGAGAGGAAGCUCGUAAAUUGGCAGAAUCUCUGAAGGCUAAGAAUUUUAAAGUUCAACCUGAGGAUUUGGAAAAUUUGGACACAGACAGUUUGGUUCAACUUCAAGUUGCUCAGCUUGAAAAAGAAAAACGAGAGCUCAAUGAACGGCUUAGGGCUAUUGCUAAACGUAUGGACCAUAUUGAACGCGCGUUUCGUAAAGAGGAGAUUCCUCUACUUGAAAAAGAUUAUGAGCGACAAAGGAAAGAAGACAAAGCUUAUCAUGAAGCUGCUCGUAAAUUACAACUUGAAACGACUUCCGCUAAGCAUGCUGAAGAUCUUAAAGUGAAAACCAGGCUAAUGAGAAUUUUUCCAGAUUAUCAAAAUUAUCGUAAAGAAAUUGAAGGCAAACAAUACGAAGAACUUGAAGAACGUAGAACAACAGCUCAAGCCAAAAUUGAGGAAGAAAAGGAGAAACGACAUGCGGAACGUACUGAGCAAGAACGUAUUACUAAGCUUGAGAUUGAAAAGAAGGAAUAUGAAGCUUUAAAGAGGAAACUUGAUGAACAAGCUGCCAAACAAGAAGAAGCUGAACGUUUGGCAGAAGAAAGAAGAUUGCAACGCGAGCGUGAUGCAGAAGCAGAAAAGGAAGAAAAAGAUAACGAAAAUGCUCGAAGUCGGGUUCAGAACAAACCUACGGGUGGUGGUUAUGUUCCUCCAAACAAACGCCCCGAUACUUGGCGUCGUCCAACUGAAUCACCAACUACAACUACUAGUCAAGAAGGACCAUGGCGCCGAGGUACAACCACACCUAUUCGUUCUAAUACCGAUGAAGGGUUAGAAUGGCGUCGGUCUGAAUCUGGACGAAGUUCAACAACUGAAGAAAGAGUUUGGCGUCGAUCCGAAUCAGGCCGAGGAGCUUCAACUGAGGAUAGUCGACGUCGUAUUUCAACAUCAUCAUCAUCGCGGGAAGAACCAAGUGUCAAACAAGAAACUCCAGGUCCAUGGAGACGCAGUGGACAGCCAUCUUCAGACCGUGGGGAUAGCAAAUGGAAAAGGAGAGAAGAUUCUUGGAGAAAGGAUACUGAAGAGUUAGAUUCAACGUCUCCAUCUUUAUCUAAAGGACCUACGCGUAUUUUGAAGUCAGAAAGUAGUUGGAGAUCACGUAAUAAACAAUCAGAAUCUUCGGUAAUGGAGAGAACUUCAUCCGGACGAGAAAUAUGGACUUCUACUUCACAAGAACAAAAACUCGGAGAUGGACAAGAGGAAUUUAUUGACGAACCCGAAGAGGAUCAAACGAUGUCACAUGAACGUGAUGGUUCAUGGGUUAAGUCUGAAGAUAAUUCCAAAACGCAAUCUUCAGUUUCGUCUAGUAAACAAAAUGCUCCCGAUGAACCAGAUGAUGACGGGUUUAUCCCCGUUACCAAAGGCAAGCGACGCAGUAAAAAUCAAUCUGGACAUGGAUAUGACUUGGAAUAA